GGAAACACAUGUCAGACGUAAACAUAUUUUGAUGAUUUUCACUUCAGAAUCUUAAAAAUGCCCAAAGAACGUGUGUCGAAGAAAUCAAGAGUACACCAAGAUGUUCAAAAACAAGGAAUUAAUUUUAACAAAGAAUUUGGUCAACAUAUCCUGAAAAAUCCCUUGGUGGUGAAUAGUAUGAUAGAGAAGUCUGCACUUCGUCCAACAGAUGUUGUCCUGGAGGUAGGGCCAGGGACAGGUAACAUGACAAUGAAGUUACUGGAGAAGACUAAAAAGGUAAUAGCAUGUGAAAUUGACCCACGACUGGCAGCCGAGUUACAAAAAAGAGUUCAAGGAACGCCAUACCAGACCAAACUCCAUCUGAUAGUCGGUGAUGUCCUGCGAACUGAACUACCGUUCUUUGACAUCUGUGUAGCUAAUCUGCCGUACCAGAUAUCCUCUCCGUUUGUUUUCAAGUUGUUGCUACACAGGCCAUUCUUUAGGUGUGCUGUAUUGAUGUUUCAGAGGGAGUUUGCCCAAAGACUGGUAGCACGGCCUGGUGAUAAGUUAUAUUGUAGGCUUUCAGUAAAUACACAGCUGCUGGCACGGGUCGAUCAUUUAAUGAAGGUUAGCAAAAACAACUUUAGACCACCUCCAAAAGUUGAAUCUAGUGUUGUCAGAAUAGAGCCAAGGAACCCACCUCCUCCCAUCAAUUUUCAGGAAUGGGAUGGACUCGUAAGGAUCUGUUUCUCGCGGAAAAACAAAACCUUGGGGGCUUCUUUCAAGUUUUCCAAAGUGCUGGAAUUACUGGAGAAGAAUUAUAGGACACACUGUUCUCUGAAGUCUAUUCCUGUAGCCCCUGAUUUUGAUGUAAAGGAAAAAGUUUCAGAAAUAUUAGAGAAAGAAGACUUUGACAAGAAACGAGCUCGGUCAAUGGACAUUGAUGACUUUCUGGCAUUGCUAAAUAGUUUUAAUACAGAAGGAUUUCAUUUCUCUUGAGACCAUCUUCAAAACAAAAAAAUGUGCAGCACCAAGUCUUUCAUUGUUGAAUCACAUGACUCCAGUGCACUUUUCAUUUCUGCAUCAGAAAAAUAGAUCUUCUGUCUUUUAACAGUGCUCAGAAGAUUGUGGAACCAAAACAACUAGGCAUUAAGUUAUAUACUCUGUGAUGUUACACUGUGUGUAAAACUGAUGAAUAUUACCUAUCAUUCAGUAACAAGUAUUUGUAGGGAAAAAGAUGAAAUCAUUUACAUGCAUUUGAUAUGAAAACUUUUUUUUUUAACUAGCAAUCAUUCAUUUUUACAUCUUCCUUACAAUUUCCGUUAAAGGCUGAGAAAGAGAGAAAGAAAGCAAGUUCACAGUUGAAACAUAAGCAAAUUAUCAGAAAAGUGAUACAUAUUUUUGUUGGUUGAAAUGAAAUUAUGUAAUAAAACAAUAUUGA